ACAUCUAGAAAUAAUCAGUGUACACUGUUAUGAUUGUGCAGCACUACUAGAGAGAUGCUGCUGCUGCUGCUGAUGCACCUGGGUGAAUUGGGCUCAAUUAAAGCGAGCUUCCUUCGCUUCAGUGCCAUGUAGGCAGAAAUAAUAGCACCCACACGCCAUCAUGCUGCUCUGCUUACUGUAUCCUUAAUCCAGCAGCGGAGAAAAAACAAAACUAAACCCGAGUUCAGCUCUCAGACGCAGCUCACUUCGUCACUGCACGGGCUUGGUAUGCUUUUAAAGUGGUUCAGGGAUGCCCAAGGAGAAAUAUGAGCCGCCGGAUCCCCGGCGGAUGUACACGCUAAUGACCAGCGAAGAGGCAGCGAGUGGGAAAAAAUCCCACUGGGCUGAGCUUGAGAUAAGUGGUAAAGUCCGGAGUCUAAGCUCGGCCCUGUGGUCGCUCACUCACCUCACUGUUUUGCACCUCAGUGACAACUCACUGUCACGUAUCCCCCCCGACAUUGCCAAGCUACACAACCUCGUGUACCUGGACCUGUCGUCCAAUAAGAUCAGGAGCUUGCCAGCUGAGCUCGGCAACAUGGUGUCUCUCAGGGAACUGCUUUUAAAUAACAACCAGUUGCGGGUUCUACCUUUCGAAUUGGGGAAACUGUUUCAGUUACAAACACUGGGGUUAAAAGGAAAUCCACUUGCACAGGACCUCAUGAGCCUCUACCAGGAACCAGAUGGCACCCGCCGACUGCUGAACUACCUUUUGGACAAUCUUGCCGGUGCUAUUAAACGCAUCCCAACUGAGCAUCCGCCGUCCAGGUCGUGGAUUGUACUGCAGGAGCCGGAGCGAGCCAGGCCUGCAGCCGUGUUCUCAGUGAUGUGCUACAACGUACUGUGCGAUAAGUACGCCACGCGCCAGCUGUACGGCUACUGUCCUGCCUGGGCUCUCAACUGGGAGCACAGGAAGAAGUCCAUCAUGCAGGAAAUCCUCAGCUGCAAUGCUGACAUCAUCAGCCUACAGGAAGUGGAGACGGAACAGUAUUAUAACUACUUCCUGGUGGAGCUAAAAGCGCAGGGGUACGAUGGAUUCUUCAGUCCGAAGUCCCGAGCGAGAACCAUGUCCGAGUCAGACAGGAAACACGUGGACGGAUGUGCAAUAUUCUACAAGACCGAAAAGUUCAGUGUGGUGCAGAAGCACACGGUGGAGUUUAACCAGCUGGCCAUGGCUAACUCUGAGGGCUCGGAGGCCAUGUUGAACCGCGUAAUGACCAAGGACAAUAUCGGAGUGGCGGUGCUGCUGGAGCUACGCAGGGAAAUGAUGGAAAUGACAUCAGCGGGCAAGUCACUCUUUAGCCUGGAGAAACAGCUCCUCCUGGUGGCCAACGCCCAUAUGCACUGGGACCCGGAGUACUCUGACGUGAAGCUGGUCCAGACCAUGAUGUUCCUGUCUGAGGUGAAGAACAUUGUGGACAAAGCCACGCGCAGCCUCAAGCUCUCGUCCAUUUCCGGAGAAACCAACGCCAUCCCUCUGGUGCUGUGUGCCGACCUCAACUCGCUGCCUGACUCAGGUGUGGUGGAAUUCCUGAGCACGGGCGGCGUGGACUGCACGCACAAAGACUUUAAAGAGCUUCGUUACAGCGACAGUCUGACCAACUUUAACUGCAACGGCAAGAACAGCUCGUCCAACGGCAGGAUCACGCACGGCUUUAAGCUCAAGAGUGCCUACGAGAACGGGCUCAUGCCUUACACCAACUAUACCUUUGACUUCAAGGGUGUGAUCGAUUACAUCUUCUGCUCUGAGCCUCAGCUGAACAUUUUGGGUGUCCUUGGACCUCUGGACCACGACUGGCUCUUGGAGAACAACGUCAGAGGCUGCCCGCACCCCCACAUCCCGUCAGAUCACUUCUCCCUGUUUGCACACCUGGAGCUGCUCCUGCCCCAGCAUCCCCCUAUCAACGGGGUGCACCUGCCUGCACGCAGGUAGUCUGACGACGCGGGGCCCCUCUGGGACGCCUUGGGGUUGGAUUGGCUGGCGACGCUGCACACUCCCACCCACCUCUGACAUGUUCUUCUGGCAACUUACUGAAAACAACUGAACCUCUAAACUACGCCAUUCUCUUUGUGCUUCUUUUUUUCAGCUUUUAAAUUUCAUGAAUGUCUUUAUUUUUAUUUUCCUUUCUUGUUUACUCGAUGGAGCCAAAUUUGCUUCUAAAUGCUAUAAGAGGCUUGUUUUCCUCUUUCUCAUUCUCUUCUUAAGCUUUCUUUCUUUGUUUUCCAGUUGUUUUAUAGUCGUAUGCAUGGAUUUCUGUUCCGAUCACUACUUUUCCACAGCGCAUUCGGUAUUCUCAUAAAAAUACAAAAAAAAAAAUACAGGCGUAUGUAGUUUGUAGGCAUGUGGUCUUGUAUCAGGAUGCAGUACCUGUAGUUUAGCUCACACACGUCAGGUUCGCGUGUCAAGACGCACUCGAAGGGAGUCUGGGCUGAAGGAAACGGAGGUCAUAAUGCCAACGGCAGUCGGAUGUUUAAUAAUCUAAAGCCAGCAAUGAUUCCUGAAUCCUCACCCAAGUGCAUUAAAACCUCCUUGUUCCUUUCGAAGCCCUGAACGGAUUCAAACAAACAAAACAAAAAAAAAAAACAAGCAAUAGCUCACAUCUGGUUCUGCUUUUUGUAUCUACACGUGUGCUCAGAUUUUAACUUCUUCUCCAUGUCCUUUUAGAGAAGCUCUGGAAAGCUCAUAUGGGUGCCAGUCUUUUUUUCUUUUUUUUUUUAUCGUCCUGCAGGACGCCGGGAGUGUCUCGAGCUCUCGUGUUCACUCCUUAAACGGUGCAAUAUUCUCAAAAAAGCGUAAUCGCAAAGUUUUAAAGCUAAAGCCGAAGCCGCGGCGAACAUUUUUUUUUCUUUAUUUUUUUAAAUACGAGCUUCAAUAUGAAAACUCCUCCAGUGCACUUAUUCCGAAAGGGUUUACUGAGACGGCGAUCGAUCGGCCCGCUUCAAUCCUGUUCAACGCAAAGGCAUAAUUCGGACGCGUCGCCUCGGUCACUGGUUGCCCAUGGAUUUAUUUAAAAAAAAUUUUUGUUUUAACGUUUAUUCGACGUUUUAUUUCGCGACUGACCUAUGCACCUGGAAACGUUUCGCUUCUAGAAAACAUCGGACGUGAGGUCACUGUGGAGGAGAGCGGCACAGGGUUGCCGGGAGAAGACUUCAGCGGGUCUGUAUUCAACCAGCAUCCGGUCACUGUGUUUCGUGGAAAAGUGAAGAACAUUCCGGGUUUGGUUUAUUAGUACAAGUUUUUUUUCUCUCUCUCCUUUUCCACAAACUACAAACCGCUCAUUACUUCUAAUCAAGGUGUGUAGCACUGUCUUUUGCGGUCAGUAGUUUUUUUCUGUUUUGUUUCUCUCUCUCCCACCCAGUCGUUCCUCCUGUUUUUGUUUUUUUUAAUUCCAUAAGUAUUUUACAAACAUAUAGACAUGUAAUCUAUAAUCUAUACUCUUUACUUGAUUGUACAUGAGCCAACACAGAACUUGUUUCUUUUUGUACUAUAUAAUUAAAUUAUGAUUCGGAUUUUUUUAUUUUUAUUUUUUGUAUCGUAUAAGCGUGACUGCAUUUUUAAACACAGGAAUAAAAUUUAACCAGCUUCCUUAAAACAAACGAACGAGGGUUGACGAGGUUGUUCCCAGGUGUCACUGCCACACUCUUGCACUCAGUGACGUUUAUUUAAUAAUAAUUAAAAAAAAGGUUUAUUUUUGUUCCUUUAAUCUCUGUCUCUCUUUACCGAGUCCUUGCUGCGUCGUAGAGGUCCGUGUCGUGCCUCAGUGUCUUUUUCCUUGCACUACCAGUGAACACUUGUACAACCUCUCAUCCUUUAUAAAACAUCUUUUGAUUUGAUUCAUUUUCCCUUUUUUCAGUAACACUUUUUUUUUAUUAUUCUCCUAACUACUGUACUACGCAAAGGAAUCAGGUCUGUAAUAUUACAACUUAAAAAGAAAAAAGUUAUUUUUGUAGCUAAAGUAUCUGUGGUAGGGCUCUGAAUAUCUUUCCUAGUUUUGAAACGCCACUCGACGUUCUGUUUUUUUUUUCGUUCCGUGCAUGUUUCUGUAGGUCUGUUUAUCUCUGAACUGACUUUAUGACUUUAUAAACCCCCUUUUCCAAUUCUGUUGGUGUCUAAUGUUGGUAAUAGAUAUAUAUAUAGUAUGGCCAUACUUUUUUUUUUUUUUUUUUUCUGUUUCUUGUGUAGUGCCACGUGGUGCGUUCUUCUCCUCCAAAGCCAUCAAGCUUAGGGACGGGGACGGGGCUCGUUAUCGUUUAUUUUUUUAUUUUUAUUUUUUACGCAUCUCUGUCGAAGCUUUAGGACCAAACUGCAAUCUUGUAAAUCUUCAGUGGUUUAUCGGUAUCAUGUUUUCUUACGCUUUUAGAAAGUAGACGAAAUGCAUCAGUUUAGCAUUUGACAUGAGAUGAACGUGAAACUUUUAGCUCGAAUCUCUCCAUGAAAUGGUAAAUCAUUUUUAGCAGUAAAGAUAGACCAAUAUGUUAAACUUUUAAAUUCUGAACAACUUUUCUUUCUUUUUUUUUUUCUUUCUCUGCACCACAUCGUUUUUAUGUAUUGUGUAAAUGACACCUUUUAUUCCUUGUUAAUGACCUUGACUUGCUGAAGGUAUUGUAGAUUUCGGUAGCUUUUUGUAAAGUGUGAAUAAAAUGUGUAUUGCCUAUUUUCUUUCUACAA